CAAAAUGGCGUCUGACGAUUGUGGUUUGGAAAUUGAUAAUCCUGGAGACUCGAUAGAGUCAUUGAGUAAGGAGGUGGAAAAACUAAAAGCAAGAUUAGAAGAAGAGAGACAAAAGCUUAAUGACGUAGCUCUUUAUACUGUAGCUGAGCGACUAGAUCCUUUACCACCUUUAAAUAUCAAGCCUCGUCGGGUGUUGAAAGGCCACCAAGGCAAAGUUCUUUGUUCUGAUUGGUCAUUGGAUAAGAGACAUAUAGUUAGUUCAUCACAGGUAAAUUGUGCUGUUAAACAAGUAAUGGAAUAUUAA